UAAACAUGCAUGCAUGCAGUCACCAGGAAACAGCUCACUGUCUGUGGAAAUGAAAAUUAAAGGGAGAAUUCGAAUUUGUUUUGCUAUAGCACAGACAGGGUAAACUGCUCUUUGAAUAGGCUACUGCUAACCCAUCUUUGUGUAACACUGAGAGCAGAAUUUUGAUACCUGCCCUGUAGUUGAACAAUGAAGUCUUUUCUUUCUGCUCUGUUCCCACCCUCUCAGUGCCGCUCUUGCGUUCCCUCUUUCUAGUGCACACAUACUUGCUUGCCCAAAACCUUUCCCUCUCUCUCUUGUUUACUCAUUCUCUCUCUCUCUCUCAUUCUGAGAACAAAGAAUCAAGCCAAGCAGGAAAUUUGACCUGAGUCCUAAAAAAAAAAAAAGGUAAUCUCCACCCCUUCCUGCUCCAUCGCUCUUUAAAACAUCUGUGAGCUGCACCAUGGAAAUUAUUUUCUUGCGAUUCAUUUGCGCUGCUGUUUGAAUUGAUCUCAUGCGUCAAUGACAUGGUGAAAGCUGAAGAAUUUGGCUAACGUGUUUGUGGAAGAUGGGAAGACAACUCUUAGCAGUCAGCCUGGCUAUCAUAGGCUUCCUGGGCACCAUCCUAAUAUGUGCUCUGCCCAUGUGGAAAGUGUCAGCCUUCGUGGGAGCCAACAUCGUGACAGCGCAGGUGUUCUGGGAAGGCUUGUGGAUGAACUGUGUGAUGCAGAGCACUGGACAGAUGCAAUGCAAGGCAUUCGACUCUGUUUUGGCUCUCUCUCAAGAUCUCCAGGCCACUCGAGCCUUGAUCUCGGUCUCCAUCGCUGUUAGUGUGGUCAGCAUUGGUUUAACUGUCAUCGGGGCCAGAUGUACUAACUUCUACCGUGAAGACCGUCACGCCAAAGCCAAGAUUGGGAUACUAGCUGGAGUGGGCUACAUUAUUGCAGGGCUACUGUGUUUGAUAGCUGUUAGCUGGUCAGCAUACACAAUCAUUGUGGGCUUCUACAAUCCUCUAGCUACAACAGUGAGUAGAGGAGAACUGGGGGCCUCUAUCUAUGUAGGAUGGGCAGCUGGUUUCCUCCUUGUUCUGGGAGGCAGCAUUUUCAUCAGCUCAUACUCCAACAGCUGCUGAUCACUAGAACAGAAGGAUUUUCUUCAAGCUAUGAAAGAAGUGGAUGGAGAUGCCCCCUCAACUUUUUGUAGGCCUAGCUGCUUUAUGGACAUAGUACUAGAAAAUGUAAAGCAGAUCAUUUUACUGUUUCACUGAAAGGAACUGGAACAAUAAAAAUAGUCACGUUCAUAUUGCAACAUGCUGAAAUGAACUGAAGGUUUACAGAAAAGGACUUUCAGCUGUUUCUGUUUCAAGGAAAACAGCCUUAUUAGCUUGUUGGUCUAUCAACAGGAUUAUAAUCAUUUAUGUUGGAACAUUAUAUUUGUUUAUAUGGACUACAGUGUCUUUGGUAUUUUGUAGUUAUAAAUGAAUGCCAGAUUUGAAAUGAAUGAAAUUAAAAUUAAGUACGGUGCAAGAUUAAGAAAGAUGCAUUGCUAGUGCCAUUAAGAGAUUCCAACUAGCAAUUCAUAACUUACAAAUGUCUCACCAAUUGCCAAAUGCACUUUUGCAGUAAAGUGCAAAGCAAACUUAAUAUUUUGUGAGAUCAGCAGUUUUAUCUGACUCUAUAUACAUUUAUCUCUGAAACAGUAUGUGAAUGUGGAGAUUGUACAAUA